ACUUGGAUCGCUCCAGAUGAGUGUCAUGCAAACGGGAUCAAAUACUCUCUUGACCUCGAGUUUAGGACCAGGAUCCGCUCACGCCUCGAUGUCUUGCAGGAGCAAGUGGUUGUCCGUGAUGGCGAGGCCCCGAGAUUUGGCAUUUGUGAUAAAUGACAAAUUGUGGUCCGUACUUCCUCUAUGGUGUGGUAGAGAGAGCUGGGGCAAAUUGAGGGACGGUGACGCGUAG